UCCCGGUGUGAAGAUGGUGUCUGUUAGGAUGCAGCCGUGUGUGUUGUCGGUUUUACUCCUCAACGUAUUCUACAGCUUCGUCUCCUCUCUGUACUUUCACAUCGGAGAGACGGAGAAAAAAUGUUUCAUAGAGGAAAUCCCGGACGAGACGAUGAUCAUCGGCAACUAUCGGACUCAGCUGUAUGAUAAACAGAGGGAGGAGUACCUGCCGGCCACUCAGGGUCUGGGCAUGUUUGUGGAGGUCAAAGAUCCUGAUGACAAGGUUAUUCUGUCUCGUCAGUACGGCUCAGAGGGAAGAUUCACCUUCACAUCACACACACCUGGAGAACACCAGAUCUGUCUGCACUCCAACUCAUCCAAGUUCUCCCUCUUCGCUGGAGGCAUGCUGAGGGUUCACCUGGACAUCCAGGUGGGCGAACACGCUAACAACUACGCUGAGAUCGCUGCCAAAGACAAACUGACGGAGCUGCAGCUGAGAGUCCGACAGCUGGUGGAGCAGGUGGACCAGAUCCAGAAGGAGCAGAACUACCAGAGGUACCGUGAGGAGCGUUUCCGUCAGACCAGUGAGAGCACCAACCAGCGGGUCCUGUGGUGGUCCAUCGUCCAGACCCUCAUCCUGGUGGCCAUCGGCAUCUGGCAGAUGAGACACCUCAAGAGCUUCUUCGAGGCCAAGAAGCUGGUGUAACUUUUCUCCUGGAGGAGAGUCUGAGUGUGUGUGUGUGUGUGUGUGAGAGAGAGAGAGAGAGAGAGAGAGUGUGUGUGUGUGUGGUCUCUACUGAUUGAUGCAGUACUGAGCGGCGGUCGCUGCCGUCAGAGAGAAAACUGCUGAGGAGACGGGGACGCAGACAAAUCCAACUGCACGAUUCGGCUUGAAAACAUCUUUAUUAUUAAUAUUAUUCUCAUUGUUAAUGUUCUGACUGUUUCCUCGCCCGCCCUGUUUGUAAUGAGCCCCUCACAUUUGCAGUAGACUAUCAGGGGGAGUGUGAAUCUAUUUAUUACACAGGCUGAUUUGUUUCAGGAGCAGGAAUCUGGUUUUACCUUUUCGAUCUGGACUAGGUUUAGUCUCUGGUUCUCCUGUUGAGUCCAGCAGGACCAGGACAAAGUAACUAAACCAGUCCACGUCUACCAGGCAGUUAGUCAUGUUUUUUAUUAUUCAUUUGCCCUUUUUCUUUCUUGUUACUCGGUGUGAGUACUUGACGUGUUACUGGCCACUAGAGAUGUUCAGAAAUAAAAGUCAGGUUUACAUGAACUUCAGUUUGAAGCUGUUCGUUUGCUCCUCGACCUCUGAGUGACAACUGAAAUCAUAAUCUGGAUUCAUUUGUGAAACAGUUCAGUGAUGUAUUUUCUGAAUCCCCUCUAUCAUCCGAUCAGCUGAUUUUCAGCUGCAGCAAAACUAAAAUAAAACAGGGUGAAAUUUAAUCAGUGAUCAUUAAUUGCUACUGCCAAAAUCUCAUUCUCUAUUUUAAUAACAUACUCGGUGCAAGAGGCUUUUAGUGUUUAUACGAAGGAUUAUUUUUCAAGCUCAAAUGCCAAAUAUUUGUUGGUUAAAGCUCCUCAGAUAUGAGGGUUUGAUGUUUUUCUUGCUCUCACAUUGUUAGUAAGUUAUGAAAAAACUAAUGACGUAACUUUGUGUUGUUGGUCCUUUUUUUCUGAAAUGCAGAAAGUAAUUGAUAAAUUGAAAAAAAAUGGCAGAUUAAUCAAUUAUGGAAAUAAUCACUAGCUACACCCUCAAUACUGUUGAUACUGAGAUGAGCACUUCAGUAGUUUCUCUUUCUCUUUCCUCCAGUGCUGUUUUUGUUUGCUCAGUCUGCUGCUGCCCCGAUGAACUGCCCCCACCCUUCAUGGGAUUCAUUUGGGGUAAAUAUCUGAGGACAUGCGCGACCACCUCGUCCUCAGGGAGGACGGGAAGUGCAGCCGACGUGCAGUUAAAGCCAGUACGUCACAGCUUUUAAUCACGUCGGGGUUGUCAGCCACUCUGUUCGGCUCGCGACUUGUUUUGUCACAUUAUCAGAGUUUUGGCUUCAGUACCAACGUUCUUCAUUACAUGAAGAAGGACUGAACAACACCAGGUUUUACUUUGACCUGUGAUGUCACCAAGCUUCACCUGAUCUUUCAGGAACCAGUCUGUACCGACUGGAAUCCAUGUUUUAAUAUUCCAGCUCUUUCACGAGCCACGCUGAGAAUCUGUGAGAAGCUCAGAUUUAAAAUGAAGUUUUUUACAGUGACUUCUGAUGCUGAAGUGAGGUUCCCAGAGCACAGAGUUUAGUGAAAAUACAGGUGAAGGAUCGGUUCCAGUGGUACUGAGGCAAAGUUUGAAGAAACAUUUUGGUAAAUGUGGCAACGCUGCUUUCGGCUCUUUUCCGCUGAGCCUGUUUUAUCUUCUUAUUUCUGCCUGGCUCAGUGAAAUUCUACCAAAAGAGACAGUUUUCUGUUUGUUGCCGUGUGCGUUUUAGUGAAGCUGCAUUUUUCCAAGUGUCCAAACUGAAUGUAAGUGUCUGUUGAUCUGACUCUGGCUCGGUGUCGGUCUGCGGGUGGAGGUGGUGACGGAAGAAUAUUCUGAAUUUCCUGGUAUUUGACAUUUGGCAUCAGAUAAAAGAAUUUGCUUGAUAGUUUUUUCUCGUUGCAUCCAACACAGUCCAGAGACGCCUCAUUUGUUUGUAUCAUUUUCAGUUGACUGUGUUAAAGGAGAGUCUUGAUGCUGUGUCUCCUGUAUGAAAGGUGAAUCAGUCGGCACUCGAACACAACACUGUUCCGACAGUUUCCCUGUUCGUUUUACUGAUUUAAAAGCCAAAUUGUCAAAGCCGCACGUCUGGUGAAGAAAAAUCUGAAAACCGCCUCAGCACUGCUUCACCGCCAGCUCCUGUAACUGGUUGGAUGAUCUUUACCUCGAGGUUUUACCCGCUUCAGGUGUAGAACAACAAAAACACACAAAUCACAAACUGUCGUAGAAAGCUGACUUUACGUCCUCAGACUGCGCAAAAUCCAAGAACACUGAGACCUGAGCCGCUGAAUCCUCGGCCUGGUCACUGUGGAAUAAAUCAGAAUCCGAGGAGUAAAAAUGCCUGAAAACGUCAGUCAGACAGUUUAUUUUCUUCAGUUUUCAAUAGUUUGUUGUGCUUUUUUUUUUUUUCUUUUCUUUUUUUUCUCUGGUGGUUUGUGAGAAACAGUUUAUGUUGCUGGUAGCUUUCAGAUGAAAUGUUUCUCCGGGGUUAGAUUUUGAAUCAUUGCUAAAAGGUUUUAGGCUGGAAGAGGGGCUUGAAUUUAUUUUAUUUUUUAGAGAGAUUCUGUCCAUGUGAAAUCUGUCUAUAAUUGCACUCGAAAUAAAGUUUUGUCACAUUUGGUUUAAUGGAUGCUGUUUCUUUUAUUCUUGUAAUAAACUCCACUAUAAAGUUUU